GUGGAAGUCCAAACCGGUGGUCGAAUCUUCGAUUGCUGUUUUUGCCUGAUUUAGGCAUCCCGGCUGUCUUCAUGGAUCUGUGUUAGAUUUGUUUUGGAUGUCCUGCAGGCUCAGGCGCCGAUCCUUUGUGAGUGUCAAAUUGGAAUUGUAGUUCUUUUGAGUCCAGAAAAAGGAUGUGACUUUAGGUCGAAUCGGCACAGAGAUUCAAUAGUGUUGCGUGUGAAAAUCUUCUGGAGCGAGGUGCACGGAGGAAGGACAGCACAAAAUUCAAUAGGACCAAUCGAAAUCCACAAUGGUUUCACAAGGCACAAUUCAAUCAGUCUUGCUCAUUCUCACCUCCCUGGGCAGUGUACUUGCUGCUCCUGCAUUUCUAAAGAGCUGCCCCUCGAAAGGCUUCUCUCUGUACGUACCGCAGCCACUGGGAACUGCCCUCCCCUUCCCAUGGUAUGAUAGCACCAUUGUGUGCCAAGGAGCAACACUGCUGACGGCCGCGUUUCUCAAGACGCCGUGUGUCAGUGACUUCAUUACAGAAGUCAACAACCAGCUCAAGCUGCCAGCCAAGGCCUGGUCGUCGACAAAGCAGACAUCUCUGUUUGCUGACGGCACAGCGGUACUGGAGGCUAACACCACGAUGUUAAUACCCAUAUGUGCUCUCACUGGAUACUCGUCCGGCGCAGGCUGUGAACAGGACCGAUAUCUGAUCAUCCCCCCUGGGCCCAGCAGUGCUCUUAACCAUAGCGUUGGGUUCCGUACAGCCCGAGGGCCGUGCACGAACAGCGGCAUGGCACUGCCCUCGGUGUUGGAUCAAGCUUGCAUGCAGUCGCUCCUGGCACAGAUUCGCCUCCACUACAGUGCGGAUUUCGCGUUUUGGGUGAACACGUCUCAAGUUGUGAACUCAAGCGGUGUGACUGGCGCUGCUGGGGCUGGCAUGGCUGGUAUGCCGGGCUCCAUUCCUCCACAGCAUCAGCUCGUGUGCAUCGCAAGUUUCCGGCAGACGUGCGGCCAGAACAUCCUUUCGGUGCCGUUCAACGUCGAGAACAUGGUCAAGGUGACCAAUGACUCUGCCAUCCAUUGGUGCAGCCAGCGGCUGCUGCUUCCAAGUGCUGUCAGUGACCAGCAGUGCCUGCUGGACUUCCUUCGCAACCUGGGAAAGGUACUGGGAGAGCAAACUCUGGACAUUUGGACCAGUACGGGUGCUGUGUCCUUGUCUGUCAACCCAUCUUCAGUGCUGAUGUCGAAAAGCGGUGUCACGGCAUCCGACAAGUUCUAUGCCAUAUGCUCGGAGGUAGAUGAGUGUGCUCUCGGUCUACAUAAGUGCUCGAACUACAGUGUCUGCAACAACACAUUGGCGUCUUACACGUGUGUUUGUAAACCUCUCUACUCCGGAGCUACAUGCGAGAAUCCCGUGGGCUACGAUAGUGGCGAUGGAUGCAUCAAGGGAGAGUAUCUGCUGAUGCCGCCGCCGCGACCCGGCACUAGCAGCUUGUUUGACUACACGGUAGACUUCGCCACAGCCAAUGGUACCUGUAGCCGGGUUGGCCUGACUCUGCCGACGACCGAUAACAACACCGAGUGUGCUCAAUCCCUACUGGCCGACAUCAACGUGCACUACCAACGGACGCUGACGUACUGGAACGCAGGUGGCAACUCGAUAAGCCAGACUACUAUCCGAGCGUCUAUUCCAGCGGCAUUACGUAGCAUUGUCUGUGUUGUGAAGUUCAACAAGACGUGCUAUCCGCAGACCCUCUUCAUUCCGCUCGCGUUUGCUGAUACGCGGCCAGUGGAGAGGUCGGUCGCGCUGCGCCUGUGCAGCGGACGCCUGCUUGUGCCCAACUUGUCGCAGUAUGAGCCGUGUGUGACCAAUUUCCUGGCAAGCAUACGCCUUUUUGACCCUAACACGCCUGGCGAUGGGUCGGUGACGGUAUGGACGAGUGCUGGUGCCGCGUCUAGGAACCCCGCCACCAACAAACUUGAGAGCCUCGGCAUCACCAUGGCUUCUAGCAUGUUCUUGCCCGUGUGCUCAGCUGUGGACGAGUGCAGUUCACAGAUGUCUGACUGCACGCCAUACGGGACCUGCGUGGACACGCCGUCAUCCUAUCAGUGUGUUUGCAAGCCGCUCUUUUCCGGCCCCAGGUGCAUGUUUACUGGCUACUCGACUGGCUGUGCUAAAGACAUCGCCCUGAUCAUCAUUCCAGGACAAAGUGACUUCUUGAACAAUUCACGGUCGUUUAGCGACACGCAGCUGGAUUGUACGCAGACGCAAAUGACCUUGCCAACGCUUAGUGCUCAUGCACCCUGCCUUAAGUCUCUGCUUGCAGAGAUCUCCAGCAACUACAACAAGUCAUUUGAAUUCUGGCUGAGUGAUGGUAAUCUCAUGAGCUCAACGGGUGUGAAAAUGCCUGCGUCCGGUAGUCCGCAGCAUCAAGCCAUUUGUGUGGCCAAGUUGGGCAAGGACUGCGCCCCGCAGAUUCUCUCCAUCCCGUUCCGACUGGCCAAUGUCAAAGCAGUCACGAAUGCCGAAGCCCGCGCGCUCUGCAAUGACACUCUGCUCAACUCUACACUGCUGGUCAACGUCGGGUGCGUGACGGAGUUCCUGAAAGGCAUGUCGCUUGUCCUCGGCGUCCCCGCCGGUAUUACUGUUUGGACACAGACCGGUGCAGCGUACGUCACUCCGAGCGGAUCUCUCGCGGUAAACACGGCUGUCUUGUCAACGGACAAGUUCAUUCCGAUCUGCUCAGUGGACAUCUGUAGCAGUGCAAAUCCGUGCAAGAACAGCGGCGUGUGCACACUCAGUACCACUGGCAAAGGUUACACCUGCCAGUGCGACGCUUCGCUGGGCUUCGAGGGUCACGACUGUGACGUGGAUAGCAACGAAUGCCUGACUACGCCGUGCGCAAACAACGCAACAUGCCUCAACACGUUGGGCAGUUACCAAUGCAAUUGCACUGAGGGCUACACUCGAUUCCAUUGUGACGUGGACAUUGACGAAUGCACCGAGAAUAAACCCUGCCUUGCCAAUGGAACAUGUAGCAACCUUCCUGGAAGCUAUCGGUGUCAGUGCCCGCUGGGUUUUAACGGCUUCCAUUGCGACAAUGAAAUAAACGAGUGCUUGACUAGUCCGUGUGCGAACAACGCAACCUGCAAGAAUACCUACGGAAGUUACCAAUGUCGGUGUUCCCCGGCCUAUACCGGCUUUAACUGCAGCGUGGACGUGGAUGAAUGUUUGACUUCGCCCUGUGCCAACAACGGCACUUGCCAGAACAGUAUCGGAGGCUACCGAUGCCUCUGCGCUGCUGGAUUUACUGGUCUGAACUGCCGGGCAGAUAUUGACGAGUGUGUGGUGAAUCCCUGCAGCAAUGGCGCUUGCGUCAACUCUGUCGCCAGCUAUCAGUGUCAAUGCUCUCGCGGUUUCACCGGCUUCCACUGCAAUAAAGUCGUGAAGAGUUGCCUGCCGAAUCCCUGUAGCAACGGAGGAGUGUGCCAGAACCCUUCGGGGAACUAUACGUGCAAGUGUUCUUCCAGCUUCACAGGCUUGCAUUGCAACACUGACAUAGACGAGUGCUUGACUGGCCCGUGUGCCAACAACGCAACGUGCAAAAAUACCCCCGGCAGUUACCUAUGUAGGUGUUCUCCGGCCUAUACGGGCUUUAACUGCAGCAUGGACGUCAAUGAGUGUCAGAUGACGCCCUGUGCCAACGGCGGCACUUGCCAGAACAGCGCUGGAAGCUACCGUUGCCAGUGUGCUUCUGGCUUUACCAGCUUCCAUUGCGAUGGCACCGUCGCACCUCCCAGACCGGAGGUGCCAACUUCAAGCAUGCAGCCUCGCACCGACCAGGCAACAUCAGACAAACCAGUUACGACGGCGAUAGGGUCGCAUUCGACGGAAAUCUCAACGUUCGACUCCAGCUCUGAUGGUCCAACAUCCCAGGCGAUAUCUGAAGAACAAAACACCACAACAACAGCCCCACCAGGGGCGCCAUCGCCUCCGGAAACGAGCAACACCAACAUUAUCAUCUACGCGAGCUGCGGGGCUGGCGCUCUGCUUCUGCUCAUCUCGGUCGCCUUGGUCUGCCGAGCGCGCAGCAAGCGCCGCCAGACCAAGGGACGCUUCUGGCUGGCGUCUGCGGAAGCCAGCGUUCGUCACAGCAAUCAGCGCGCGUCCACUGCUUCAACGGCCGAAAUGAUGCCAGGCUCAGAAUCGCAGCGAGCAAUGCCCAAUGUGUGGAACUUGGAUGGCACACAACGCCAGGAGUGGAUGAAACUUCGUGCCACCGACACCGCGGAGGAGCCUGUCAGACCCAUCCAGUUGCCCACGGUGUCAGCAGAAGCAAUCCUCAAAGGUGGCCUCAAAGUCUAAGUCAGACUUUUCUGGCUGCCAAGCACCUAGCCGAUGAUUUCUUCUUCAUUGGAGUGAUGUUCAGAGGCAGUGCACCCGAACCCGCUAUAGUCAUCGAAUGCCCGUCUAUAUGCAUAUUGAUACAGUCUCCAGACUAGGAUACUAAGCUGGUUAGUGAUAGCAGCAACUGUGUUUCUCUCAAUAGCCGCCUGUCCACCUCAAAUGGGUUGACAGCUCCAGGCCAUCUUCCCACCACUGAAUACGACGCGGAAACGGAGAGAGAUCAACUGCGAUCUAGGCCAACAGGUGCCAUAUUUUGUGGAAUUAUUGAUGUCAAGUAUGCAGGCAAGCCCUUUGUCAAUUUCGAUUUCAGGUAUUUCAGCAACCUUGAUUGCUUUUUGACUUUCUUGAUUGGAAAAUUCGAAUCCUCUUUCUAUAACUUGCCAACAUAGGCAUUCACAUCUCUCAAUAACAAAAAAAACCUAGACCGUGCGGUGUCUUUAUUCUACUUUCCGCCAUCACCGCGAAUCAUUUUUCAGUCUGAUCUAUGGUCCUCUCCUUCAGAAUGUUUUCGAUUAUUUUCUGUCCCGGUUCUCGUGUAGGAACCAGGUCACCGAUGAUGCAUUGAAUUUAUGGGUAUUUUUUGUAGAAAUGUUGUGCUCGUUCGGCCUUCAUCCAGUGGGAGAAGUGCAACCAGGAUUAUGCUGUGCAUAUCUUAUUUUUACCUUGAGCCUAGUUGAGGCUCAUGUGUACCUGGGAGGAUUUUGCAGAAAUAUGAGCUAGAUUUUAUCAAAGAAACUCCUAUCUGAUUGUGAGAAAGCCGACGGAGGACCAGUUA